GAUAACUUGUAUGCAUAUAAGCCCCCUUUAAUUCUCUUCUUCUUCGGUUAUCUCCCUUUUUCUAAAUGCGUAUCAAGGACAGUCGACUGUAUUCUAGUCCUAACAGUUUCAUCCCAAGUACAUAGCAACCACAGUCACGUAAAGCUUGAAUGCUGAAUGAUUCCAUUGGCAAGGGAGGUAACAUGAAUGAAGGCGGUAACAGAGCAGGAAGAUCCAACAGAAAGAGAUUCAUCGUUCUCGUGGUUGUUCUGAUUGCCGCUACAGCAGUCGCUCUGACCGUGGGUCUAGUACUUCACUAUCAGAUCAAUGACGAGGACGGCAAGGGAGAGAAGGAUGUCACAACGAGCAGGAUGGGGGUUUUGGUGGAUUGCCUCCCCGAGUUGAGACGAAAUGAGGAGAAGAUGAGUGGGAAGGAAGACGAAUGUCAGCGAAGAGGGUGCCUCUGGAGAAAGCUCUCAGAUAAAGGGGCGCCAUGGUGUACAUAUCCUAGAAGCAGCGGCUACAUCCUCAACGGCGCUAUCAACGAGACCAACCAGAGCUACAGCGCCGAGCUGACUCGAUCCCCCGCCGCACUGGCUUCAUACCAGGAACCUGUUUACGAUCUCCUCAGUGUCCACAUCGAAUGGCAGACUGAGAAUCGGGUCAGGGUCAAGAUUACUCCCAAAAAUGUGCAGCGUUGGGAGCUACCUGCUUCAAUUCUCAACAUUGAGUCAAGCAAUGGAUCGGUCAACAAAAAUACUUCUUUGUAUACAGUGACCUUCACAGAUCGACCUUGGGGCGUCGCCAUCACCAGGAAAUCUUCCGGAUCUGUCAUUUUUAACUCCUCAUUUCCUGGUAUGCUACUAUCUGACCAGUUCCUACAGUUGACCACAAGGCUGCCUAAUGAGAAUGUCUAUGGGUUUGGUGAACAUCGCCAUGAGAGUUUUAAGCACGACAUGAACUGGAGACUGUGGUCAAUGUUUACAAGAGAUUCAGGGCCCAAUUCUGACUGGAACCUGUACGGACAGCACCCAGUGUAUAUGAAUGUUGAAGAUGAUGGUCAAGCAAAUAUGGUGCUACUGAAGAAUACCAACGCUAUGGAGGUUCUCCUCCAGCCGAAUCCAGACCCAGCCAUCACAUACAUAACUAUUGGAGGUGUCUUAGAUUUCUACAUUUUUCUUGGGAGUUCACCAUCAGAUGUAGUCAAGCACUAUAUCCAGGCUAUUGGCAAACCUGUGUUCCCUCCUUACUGGAGUCUUGGGUUCCACCUCUGCCGUUGGGGCUAUCGAAACAUUACAGACAUGGAAAUGGUGAUUGAGAGAAACAGAGCAGCGCAGAUACCAUACGAUGGUCAGUGGGCAGACGUGGACACAUUUCAUAAAGCUUACGUCUUCACCUACGACAAUGUCAGCUGGACGAAUUUCCCGGAUCUGGUCAGGAGACUGAAAGGUUACAAGAUGCAUUUUGUUACCAUUGUGGAUCCUGGGAUCGGUUCUAAUGACAGCAUCAUCCAAGAAAUACAGAGAGAUUGGCCUGCAUACAACAUGACGGCCACAGGUUACGAGGCUGACAUUUUUGUCAAAGCGGCAGACAACUCUACUCUUGUAGGGGAGGUCUGGCCCGGUGUGACUGUGUACCCAGACUUCACCAACGACAACAUUCAAGACUGGUGGACACACUGGAUUCGUUUUUACCGGGAGAGUGUCGGUGUGGAUGUGGAUGCCUUGUGGAUUGACAUGAACGAGCCAUCCAAUUUUGUUAAGGGAUCAGUCAAGGGAUGCAACCAAAAUAAUCUCAACUAUCCAGUUUAUCGUCCACAUCUAGAUGGUGUUGAGGAGAAAGGCGAACUGUUUGUUAAGACUCUGUGUAUGGACUCACAGCAGACUUUAGGCAGACACUAUGACGUGCACAGCUUGUAUGCUCACACAAUGGCCGUCAAGACUUACAGGUCUCUCGAGUCAUUAUUUCCUGGUCAGCGACCCUGGACAAUGACCAGGUCAUCAUUUGUAGGGACUGGUCAUUACGCCACCAAGUGGCAAGGAGACAACCAGGCCCAGUGGAGCAACAUGCACUAUUCUAUUAUAUCACUGAUGGAGUUUGGUCUCUUUGGUUUUCCCAUGAACGGGGCUGAUAUUUGUGGCUUCUGGCUAGAGCCUAGCUACGAGAUGUGUGUUCGAUGGCACCAACUUGGAGCAUUUUAUCCUUUUGCUAGGAAUCAUAACGGCAAGGGAGAUGACCCUGUUGUUUUUAAGCACCAAGACCCGGCUUCAUUCGGCCAAGAUUUUGUUAAUUUGGUCAGACCAGUCCUGAUGACCCGAUACAAGUUCCUGCCUUACCUGUACACACAGAUGUACCGAGCCCACGCUGAGGGUGAAACAGUGUUUAAACCUUUAUUCUUUGAAUUUGCUUCAGACACAAGAACGUUGUCAAUAGACAAGCAGUUUAUGUUGGGACCAGCAUUUUUAAUUUCUCCAGUCCUGGAAGAUAAUGUAAGAAUGGUGAAGGCGUAUUUCCCUAAUGGACGAUGGUUUGAUUACAUUAAUGGCGAAGAGAUCAACAGUGUUGGUCAGAAUGUCGAUCUCAUAACGCCUUUAAAUAAGUUCAAUCUCCAUAUCCGCGGUGGGUAUAUAGUGCCCUGGCAGACACCCAAUGUCACCACAGAAGACAGUCGAACCAAUGACCUGGGCUUACUGGUAGCACUAGGACCAGACAACACAGCUUCCGGUGAAAUGUUUUGGGAUGAUGGGAAAUCAAUAGUAAAUGAAACAAAUUACAAUCUGAUCAAGUUCGAUAUUAUCAAGGCAGGGGAGUUAACAAUACGAAUAUUUGUGAAGUCUACUACAAAUAUUGGGGGACAACUUCACUUCAAAACCAUAGAGAUCUACGGGUUGUCUCGCUUGCCUCAGAACUUUGCGGUGAAUGGUCACCCUUUACCAAGCUCAAACAUCAAAGUUUACAAUAACAUUAUCUAUCUGAUGGACUUACCUAAUCUACCAAUGACUUUGAACUCCACAGUCACGUGGUCUAUUGGUUGAAGAAUCAAAUUUUAACGUCUUCUUAUUCAUUUAUCAAUUAUAUUAAUCAUGAACAAAUGAUGCAAUUAAUUUUAUUCAUCAUCAUCAUAUUACUGAAUAUAGGCUUGCAUUUUAUUAGCCACAAGUUUUGUAUUUCAAGAAAUUUUGAGAGUCAUAUCUAAAUAACUAUAAAUAAAUAU